CGUCCGUGGUGCCGACAGCAGCUGUGUAGAUGCUGCUCCCCAGACUAAGCGGCCCUUCAUUUCCAGAACUUAAUUCUCGCAAAUCUCCUUUUCUGGCUUAUUAGCGUCAUUACCUCCUGAUGACGUAAUUCAAACUCGGAGCUGCGCUUGAGCUUGCGCACCGCGCAGUUGUCCUGCUCAAACACACUCCAUGAUCAAUACCAUCAUGAAUUACAAUCCAACAAAAAUAAUUGCUGUUGGUCUCUGCCUAUCAUGCUCUGCGUAUGCUCAGUCUUCUGAUUCGUAUUCCUAUUAUUGGAGUGGACGUAUCGCUGGGAUUGUGGUCGGCAUCAUAUUUUUAUUAUUACUCGCAUUAUGCUGUGGAGCUGCGAGUAGACGUCGACGGCGUUUGACAUCUACCGUCACUAAGCCGCCGGAUGUACCAGGGACGAAUGCUCAACCUGGUACAUCUUACUCGUUUCCAAUGUGGCAAGGGUCGCAGACGUAUGGAGCUCCGCCUGGUCACAUGUCCAAUACUGCAAACAUGAAUCCAUAUGAGUAUCCUGGAUCACAGCCCCCUCCCCCUCCGUAUGUGAAAGGAGAGGGAGGAGUCAACAUGCCGCAGGAAACAAAUUACUCCUCGCCUCCAGGUCCCCCACCGGCUGCACAUACGAGAGAAAACAAUCAUUUUGUAUGAGGUCUCACUGCCCAGGAACGUUUCAUGAAUUGCGGAAUAGUUCCGCGGCAUCUAUUCUUGCUUCGUACAUUUCAGAUAUUAUGAUCACCCUACUAAGAAUGGCAUUUAUCUCAACCCUUGUGUAUCAAGUCUUCUAAGUGUAUAAUACUAAGCAGGCUAUUUCCGUAUGAAAACUCAAUCACAUCUUUAGUUCAGUCAUACG